CUUGAGAAACUCCACUUGAUACCAGCCAUCGAGCUGUUGAUUGAUACCAGUUGAGCCCAACAAUCUAACCAGCUUUCUGUCCAUUACAGUCCAUUUAUCGAAUCCAUAUUUCCUUAACCUGUUGUCAAGAAUACUGUGGGAGAAACUAUCAAAACCUUUGUUAAAGUCAAAGCAUAUCACAUCCACCGACUUCCCCGUGUCCACAGAGCCAGUUACCUCUUCAUAGAAGGUUCUUCAGAAUGGAUUCCUUGAGGAUCGCCUCUAUGAUUUUGCUGGGGACUGAGGACUAAUGGCAGAAGAAUAAACAAACAUGGCUGCUAUGGUGCCACCAGUUAAGCUGAAAUGGCUUGAACAUCUGAACAGUUCCUGGAUCACAGAGGACAGUGAAUCUAUUGCCACAAGGGAGGGAGUUUCUGUCUUGUAUUCUAAAUUAGUCAGCAAUAAGGAAGUAGUGCCCUUGCCCCAGCAAGUUCUGUGCCUCAAAGGACCUCAGUUACCAGACUUUGAACGUGAAUCCUUAUCCAGUGAUGAACAGGACCACUACUUGGAUGCCCUUCUUAGUAGCCAGCUGGCACUGGCUAAGAUGGUAUGUUCAGAUUCUCCAUUUGCUGGAGCGCUUCGAAAACGUCUGCUUGUGUUGCAGCGUGUCUUUUAUGCACUUUCUAAUAAAUAUCAUGAUAAAGGCAAGGUGAAACAGCAACAACAUUCUCCAGAAAGCAGUUCUGGCUCAACAGAUGUCCAUUCUGUCAGUGAGCGUCCCAGGUCAAGUACAGAUGCUCUCAUAGAAAUGGGGGUCCGGACUGGACUAAGCUUGCUAUUUGCACUACUAAGACAAAGUUGGAUGAUGCCUGCUUCAGGACCUGGCCUCAGUCUUUGCAAUGAUGUCAUUCAUACUGCAAUAGAAGUUGUCAGCUCUUUGCCACCUUUAUCACUAGCAAAUGAAAGUAAGAUUCCGCCAAUGGGACUGGACUGUUUAUCACAAGUAACAACAUUUCUUAAAGGAGUAACGAUUCCCAACUCUGGAGCAGACACUUUAGGUCGUAGGCUAGCAUCUGAAUUGCUUCUUGGUUUAGCUGCCCAGCGUGGUUCUCUCAGGUACCUUCUUGAAUGGAUAGAGAUGGCUCUAGGCGCAUCAGCGGUAGUAAAUGCCAUGGAGAAAAACAAACUCCUGCAAAAUCAAGAAGGGAUGAUCAGUUUUGACUGCUUUAUGAAUAUAUUAACGCAGAUGCGGAGAUCUUUGGGAUCAUCUGCUGAUCGAACUCAAUGGAGGGAACCAACUAGAACAUCUGAUGGUCUUUGUUCUCUCUAUGAGGCAGCUUUGUGUUUAUUUGAGGAGGUUUGUAGAAUGGCAUCAGACUACUCUAGAACAUGUGCCAGCCCAGACAGCAUACAAACUGGUGAUACUCCGAUUGUUUCUGAGACUUGUGAAGUGUACGUGUGGGGUAGUAACAGCAGCCACCAGCUGGUAGAGGGAACACAAGAGAAAAUACUUCAACCCAAGCUAGCACCAAGUUUUUCUGAUGCACAAACUAUUGAAGCUGGACAAUAUUGUACUUUUGUCAUUUCCACUGAUGGUUCUGUCAGAGCCUGUGGUAAAGGCAGUUAUGGGAGGCUAGGACUUGGUGACUCCAAUAACCAGUCCACACUGAAAAAAUUGACUUUUGAGCCUCAUAGGUCUAUUAAAAAAGUAUCAUCUUCAAAAGGAUCUGAUGGCCACACUUUAGCAUUUACCACAGAGGGGGAAGUCUUCAGCUGGGGUGAUGGUGACUAUGGAAAACUGGGACAUGGAAAUAGUUCAACACAGAAAUAUCCCAAACUUAUUCAGGGUCCUUUACAAGGAAAGGUAGUUGUAUGUGUGUCAGCUGGAUACAGACAUAGUGCUGCAGUUACAGAAGAUGGAGAACUAUAUACUUGGGGUGAAGGAGACUUUGGAAGAUUAGGUCAUGGGGACAGCAACAGCCGUAACAUUCCAACAUUGGUAAAAGAUAUUAGCAAUGUUGGAGAGGUUUCCUGUGGUAGUUCACACACAAUAGCUCUAUCCAAAGAUGGAAGAACCGUAUGGUCAUUUGGAGGAGGAGAUAAUGGCAAACUUGGCCAUGGUGAUACCAAUAGAGUAUAUAAACCUAAAGUUAUAGAAGCUUUACAAGGAAUGUUUAUUCGCAAAGUAUGUGCUGGGAGCCAAUCUUCACUUGCCUUGACUUCAACAGGACAGAUAUAUGCGUGGGGCUGUGGUGCAUGCCUAGGCUGUGGUUCUUCAGAAGCUACUGCUCUUAGACCCAAGCUUAUUGAAGAGUUGGCUGCUACAAGAAUAGUUGAUACUUCAAUUGGUGACAGCCAUUGUUUGGCACUUUCUCAUGAUAAUGAAGUUUAUGCUUGGGGUAAUAAUUCCAUGGGACAGUGUGGUCAGGGAAAUUCCACUGGUCCCAUUACUAAACCAAAGAAAGUAAGUGGUUUAGAUGGAAUAGCAAUUCAACAGAUUUCAGCUGGCACUUCUCAUAGCCUUGCCUGGACAGCUCUUCCAAGGGACAGACAAGUUGUUGCAUGGCACAGACCCUAUUGUGUAGACCUUGAAGAAAGUACCUUCUCCCAUCUCCGGUCCUUUCUUGAGCGGUACUGUGAUAAAAUUAACAGCGAGAUUCCCCCUCUUCCGUUCCCUUCAUCAAGAGAACAUCACAGUUUCCUCAAGUUGUGCCUGAAGUUGCUUUCUAAUCAUCUUGCUCUUGCAUUAGCUGGAGGAGUAGCUACUAGCAUUCUUGGAAGGCAGGCAGGUCCACUUCGGAAUUUGCUGUUCAGGCUGAUGGAUUCCUCUGUUCCAGAUGAAAUACAGGAAGUUGUAAUUGAGACUCUGUCAGUUGGUGCAACUAUGCUACUGCCUCCAUUACGAGAAAGAAUGGAGUUGCUGCAUUCUCUUCUACCACAGGGCCCUGAUAGAUGGGAGAGCUUAUCAAAAGGGCAGAGAAUGCAAUUGGAUAUUAUUCUGACAAGUUUACAAGAUCAUACCCAUGUAGCCUCACUGCUUGGUUAUAGUUCACCAUCUGAUGCAGCAGAAGUUUCUUCAUUAUGUGUUGGCUAUGGAAACCUCUCUGAUCAAACAUACGGUGUCCAGAGUAGCCAUCCAGAUACUCAUCUAGCUGAAAUUUUAAUGAAGACUUUGCUGAGAAAUUUAGGAUUUUACACGGAUCAAGCCUUCGGAGAAUUGGAAAAGAAUAGUGAUAAGUUUUUACUUGGGACAUCAUCAUCUGAAAACAGCCAACCUGCUCAUCUUCAUGAGCUGUUGUGUUCACUGCAGAAACAAUUGCUGGCUUAUUGUCAUAUCAACAGUGUUAGUGAGAAUUCUAGCAGUGUGGCACUGCUACAUAAACAUCUCCAGCUUUUACUGCCUCAUGCUACAGAUAUCUAUUCACGUUCUGCAACUCUUCUUAAGGAAAGUUCUUGGAAUGGCAGUGUUGGGGAAAAACUAAGAGAUGUAAUUUAUGUAUCUGCAGCUGGCAGUAUGCUGUGCCAGAUUGUUAACUCAUUGCUGUUACUGCCUGUGUCCGUGGCUCGGCCUUUAUUGAGUUAUCUGCUAGAUCUGUUGCCACCCAUUGAUCGCCUUAAUAGACUAUUGCCCGCUGCUGCACUAUUAGAAGAUCAGGAAUUACAGUGGCCGCUUCAUGGCGGACCUGAACUAAUUGAUCCUGCUGGAGUGCCCUUACCACAACCUGCCCAAUCUUGGGUAUGGCUUGUUGAUCUAGAGAGAACUGUUGCUCUACUUAUUGGGCGCUGUCUUGGUGGAAUGCUUCAGGGAUCCCAUAUUUCCUCUGAAGAACAAGAUACAGCCUAUUGGUUAAAAACGCCACUGUUCAGUGAUGGAAUGGAAAUGGAUAUGCCUCAUUUAGACAAAUGCAUGAGUUCCCUGUUGGAAGUGGCCCUCUCUGGAAAUGAAGAACAGAAGCCAUUUGAUUAUAAGCUGCGACCGGAGAUCGGUGUCUUUGUUGAUUUGGCCUUAGGUUGUACAAAAGAGCCAGCCCGUAGUCUCUGGCUUAGUAUGCAAGACUAUGCUAUUAGUAAAGAUUGGGACAGUGCUACCUUAAGUAAUGAGUCACUCUUGGACACAGUAUCUAGAUUUGUUCUGGCAGCUCUUCUGAAACACACAAAUUUACUGAGUCAAGCAUGUGGUGAGAGCAGAUAUCAGCCAGGCAAAGCCCUGGCGGAAGUAUAUCGCUGUGUGUAUAAAGUUCGGAGUCGCUUGCUUGCUUGCAAAAAUAUGGAACUUAUUCAAACUAGAUCAUCCUCAAGAGACAGAUGGAUGUCAGAAAACCAGGAGUCUGCAGAUGUUGAUCCUCAAGAGCAUUCUUUUACUCGGACCAUUGAUGAGGAAGCAGAAAUGGAGGAGCAGGCAGAGAGAGACAGAGAAGAAGGGCAUCCUGAACAAGAAGAUGAAGAGGAAGAAAGAGAACAUGAAGUCAUGACAGCUGGAAAAAUAUUUCAAUGUUUCCUAUCAGCCCGUGAAGUAGCUCGCAGUCGGGAUCGAGAUAGGAUGAACACUGGAAAUGGGACUAGAGUUGAUGAUCAGCCUCCUCAGUCCCAACAGGAACGAAGAGUUAGCACAGAUCUUCCUGAGGGUCAAGAUGUGUACACUGCUGCAUGCAACUCUGUGAUCCACAGAUGUGCCUUGUUGAUCUUAGGAGUAAGCCCUGUUAUUGAAGAGCUCCAAAAACGAAGGGAGGAAGGACAAUUACAGCAACCUUCAACUAGUACGCCUGAGGGGAUUGGACUUAUGACUAGGAGUGAAAGUCUUACUGCAGAGAGUCGCUCAGUCCACACUAGUUCAAACUAUAGGUUGAUCAAAUCAAGGAGUGAAUCUGAUUUAUCUCAGCCAGAAUCAGAUGAAGAAGGUUAUUCAUUGAGUGGAAGACGAAAUGUUGAUUUAGAUUUGGCACCCUCACAUAGAAAAAAGGGAGCAAUGCACAGUCAAGUGGAACCUCUAAGUGACUCAUGGGCUCGACUAAAACACAGCAGAGAUUGGUUAUUUGGCUCCUCUUACUCUUUUGUUGAAUCUGAUUUUGAUCUUUCAAAAUCCCUUGGAGUUCACACUUUGAUUGAAAAUGUUGUCAGUUUCGUAAGUGGAGAUGUAGGAAACUCACCAGGUUUUAAGGAGCCUGAGGAAAGUAUGUCCACUAGCCCCCAGGCGUCAGUUAUUGCAAUGGAACAGCAGCAGGUGAGGGCUGAGCUUCGUUUGGAAGCACUUCAUCAGAUCCUGGUAUUGCUAUCAGGGAUGGAGGAGAAAGGUAGUGCCCCAUUAAUGGGAAUCCAUCAAGGUCCAGCAUUUCAGUCUUCCUCACUGCUUACUUCUGUUAGACUACAGUUUCUAGCGGGAUGCUUUGGCUUGGGCACUGUUGGACAUGCAGGAGCCAAAGGGGAGAGUGCCCGAUUGCAUCACUAUCAGGUAUGAAAUGUACAGAGUUUGAAAAAAUAGG